CUCUUAUCCCUGCUCCACUCCACGUUCUCCGCAUAGGACGUCACCAAUUCGCUCGACUAUCUCUCGGCCGCCGCCGCCGAACCAAUCCUUCCAUCAGCCGCGGCCGAGCCAAUCCUUCCCUCAGCCGCCCUCCAUUCCUCGCAUCACGUCUCCACGCGCUACGUGGGCGGCAUUCUGCUAGGCCAACCAUCAGCCGUGAAGAACACAGACGUCUAAUGGCGCCGCAGCUCCUGGGCUACUACUGGGUCUCCUCCUGGCCCCGGCUCCCGCAGGUUCCCCCGUGGCCCUGCGCAUCCCACGCCCAUCGCCGGGUGAUAUGCUUUGGGCCGCCCCGCUGCCGCGCCGGCGCAGUCAGGGUGUUAGCGGAGGUGGACCCUGCGCUGGCCCUGGACCGCGGUGCGAAGGCGUUGGAAAUCCAGUUUCCGACUGAGGAGGACGGUGUGGGGAAUGAGGAAGACGGCGAGGCAGUGGACGAGAGGGAGAUGAUGAGGCGGAUGCGGAUAUCGCAGGCGAACAAGGGGAAUACGCCGUGGAACAAGGGCAGGAAGCACAGCCCAGAGACGCUCCAGCGGAUUCGGGAGAGGACACGGCUUGCUAUGCAGAACCCCAAGGUGAAGUCAUGUUAAGAAAAAGCUGAUGAAUCUCGGACAUGCUCAGAGUGAAGAGACCAAAAUUAAGAUAUCAUUGGGAGUGAGGCGUGGGUGGAGCUUGCGUCUACAGAAGCUAAUGGUUCAGGAUGGCUGCUUUGUGGAGUGGCGGGAAAUGAUAGCAGAUGCAGCUAGGAAGGGCUUUGCUGGUGGAGUUGCCUUCCAAUGGAAUUCACAUAAAAUAUUGACUGAGCAACUGCGGCAGGAAUGGUUGGAGAAAGUCCAGCAAAGAAGAUCAAUGCCUAGGCCGACAGGUAAUAGAAGAGCGCCAAAAACUCCAGAGCAGAGGAGAAAAAUUGCAGAAGCCAUUGCUGCGAAGUGGUUGGAUCGAGAAUACCGUGAACGUGUUUGCAGUGCAAUUAAUAGCUAUCAUGGAACAUCUUCUGGAUCUAAAGUACCGCGUAAACAAAGAACUCCGAGAGAACCAGGUGCAAAGCGUGAAAAAAAGAAAUCUAUUCAACACAGAGCUGUCAGCAUGGACGAUGCACAUGCAAAAACUGCUCCGGUUAAGAGAAAGAAAAGUGCAACUCCUUACAAAGAUCCUAUGGCAGGUGAGAAACUAGAGAUGAUAACGAAGAUUCGAGCCCAAAGGACAGCACUGGAAAUAGAGAAGAAAGAGGCUAUUGAAAGAGCCAGGUCACUCAUUGUAGAAGCCGAGAAAGCUGCAAAUGCUCUUGAGCCUGUUGCAGCGAAAAUUCCAUUUGCUCAAGCAUCACUUAUAGAAGCUAGAAAGCUUGUUACAGAGGCAAGAAUGUCACUCGAAGGUGUUGAUGAUAAUGAUGGGCCAGCAGAAAGUUCUUCUGAUGAUACAUUGGAUGACUCAGGUGUAUCGGAACUGCACAAGUUGGAGAAUCAAAAUGACCCUAUUAAACAAGAGAAUAAAUCUGUAAAUGGAAUGAAGUUACCUCCAAGGACUGUUAAUGGCAUGGAUUUCUAUUUUGAUGUGUCUGCACUAGGUGAAAAGGAACAACUCAGUAUGUUUCAGAGGAUAGAGAACUCCAUGGAAAGAGCUUAUUUGCUUCCUUCAGCUUUUUCAACAGCUCAAGAUGUGAACGGAAAUCUUGGAACAAAUGAUCUAUAUAUCAGUGAGCAAGUGGUCAAUAACGACCAGAUCGACCGGAUUGCAGCAGAUACAACAGAAUUUAUUUCAGCAGAGCCACUAGAGAAUGUGUCCUCACCUGCUAAUAAGUCUAAGAUGAGAUGGGUACGUGGAAGACUAGUUGAAGGAGAAGAAUAAACUAGGAGGUCUAAGGAGUCAAAUCUUCGGGAGACUCAUCAUCCGAAAAUGCUUAGAUUUGCUUCCAUUCUGCCAGGAUCUGCAAUUUGCAACAGGGAAAUGCAAUACUUGGAAGCAGAUGCUCGUUGUUAUCUAACUGGUGUCGACGGGAUUGAUUGGGAUGCAUUUAUUGUUGGUAUGUUCCUCCCUGGAAGAAAUUGGCAAGCAUUCCAGGGAACGGCCUUCUGAUGAGCAUUGUAAUUAGUAGUUGGGACUUUAGAAAUUGCCCUCGGGUGUAGUCUGUUUUAGGAGAACUGACUAUAAAUCAUGAUUAAGACGAUAUAUUUAUGGAAUGCAAUUCCCCUC